CCCUGCUCCUGGACAUCAUGACAGUGGCUGGCGUGCAGAAGCUCAUCAAGCGGCGUGGCCCGUUUGAGACGAGCCCCAGCCUCCUGGACUACGUCACCAUGGAUAUCUACGCCUUCCCCGCCGGGCACGCCAGCCGCGCGGCCAUGGUAUCCAAGUUCUUCCUCAGCCACCUGGUGCUGGCGGUGCCUCUGCGCGUCUUGCUGGUGCUCUGGGCCCUCUGUGUGGGCCUGUCUCGGGUCAUGAUCGGCCGCCACCACAUCACCGAUGUCCUCUCCGGCUUCGUCAUUGGCUACUUCCAGUUCCGCCUGGUCGAACUGGUCUGGAUGUCCUCCAACACCUGCCAGAUGCUCAUCUCCGCCUGGUGA